UUCCGAUUUUGAGUUCUAACACGAUUAACCGGGUGAGUAUGGAAAGAGCUACAUUUAUUUCGGCCAAAACACUACGAUGAAGGGGCCUGGAUGAACCAUAUAACGUAAUAUAGAUCCUACGCGCUUUUGUCAGUGAUGCACGGUGCAAGAUGCCGAAAGAAAGGAAGCCAGACGAAUGGGUAGUGCUUAUUUUACGCCGAUUUCAGCAACAGCUUCCACUAGAGGGUGGGUCAAACCAUGAGUCAAGAGAGCAGAUUAGUGAAGCAUUGGUGCAAGUCAGCGACCACAGGUUUAUUAUGGUUGUCACUGGUCUCACUCGUAUGGUCAAAGAACCAACGUUCUUGUGUGCAAUGUUACCAGAGCGAGUACAGCUAGGAGCUGAGUCUAACCUCAUUAUUCUUAAAACACUGUCAAAGUGCUUUGAAAAGAACCCAGAGCAGUGUGCAGCCCUAACUGAUGAUGCCCUUCUUAAGAUAAUUCUACCAUCUCUUUGCCAGUUUGUAAGCUACUCCUAUGGUAUCCCUCUUGAGGCUGAGCAAAAAACUGAAUGCGCCAAGAUCCUUUCUCAUAUCAGUGUUCACCAUUUUUCUGCCUUGUUUAACCGCAUUGCAAUCAGGCUCCAUGUAUUAGCCAGCUCAGAAGACAACUCGGAUACUGGAGAUUUGGAGCUCAUUCAGCAUUUAAAUGUGAAUGUGUCAUCUUUGCAAAUACUUCUCCGAGAGGGUGUUCAAGUGUUCAAAACUCUUAAAAAGCCUGGUCAACUGGCAUUUGUAGCAGGAUUGGAAAAGGCAAUAUGGAACUGGGUUGAGAAUAGUCCGGAGGAAUUUGCACAACUGCAAAGGUCACCGUCACAGGAGCUCUCCGAUUAUGCCAUGAGGUUGUUCGAUCAUGUUAACCACUUCGCUGAUUCUGCUAAGAGAAAGGGUUCAGUGUGGCCUUUACAGAUAAUGCUGCUCAUUUUGUGCCCGACUCUUCUGCAAGAAAUAGCAACGAGAGAAGCAAUCAUCGACGUCACGAAAGUGAACAAGAAAGAGUUUCUGGACGGAGUAAAGAAAGCCCUGACGGGUACCAAGAAUUUGACUGAGAGUGCAGCCGUCGUAUCAGUCAAACUGUGCAAAGCAGCAAACUACAUGCGUCCCGAGGACAACUCUGUUCUUUGCUUUCUUGUGCUGAAUAUUCUCAACGAGCUUAAGGCUUUACUGUUCAACGUAAACAAGCCAUUCGCCCUUGCCUCUGGAAGCGUGGUCAGUCUGGAGGAGCUCAUGCUUGACUGCUUUGUGUCGAGCUUCAGGAUCAACUACCGUAACAGCCAACACUUUGACCCCUGCCUUUUGCCCUCUUCCCCCGUCAUCUUCAACCUCGUGUGUGUCAAAGGCAUCUACAUGAUAGUCACCGAGACUCCCCUGUCAUGGUGGCCAAAAGCCGAUGUUUUACACCCCAAGGCUCAGCAGAUUCGCUCGAUCUUCCUGCAUGUGCUUCAUCGCAUACAGACCGCUGACCAGGAGGGACAGCAGUCACGACUAAGCCAGAUUUACAAAGUGAAGGAGAUCCAUCGAAAACACAAGGAAGAAGACGGUCAGACCACGCGUCGAGAGAAGGAUCUUCUCAUGUGGCUCGUCAAACUCUUCCAUGCAGAUCCUGUCUUCGCUUUCCAUAGUCAAGAUACUCAUGGAUGGGAAAUCCAAAAGAGCGCUUCACAGAUAAUUAUGGGGCUUGUACACCUAGUGCUUUCCAACUCGCUUUCAUACGACAUCAAAGCAGAGUCAGCCCAGGCACUAAUGUGUUCAUUCCAAGCGGACACCAUCGAGAUGUGGAACCCUGUUGCUCCCAUAGCGACCUUUUGGGAGAUCAGUUCCCACGUGUUGGUAUCUGUGGCGGAAGUGCUCAACAACCAUGGUAGCCACAGCACUCGCAUGCUGAAAUACCUCAAAGAGCUCAUCAUUUGCAAGAACGAGUUUCUCAGGCGGCAUAGGGAGCACGCAUCUACCGGCAGCCACAUCCCUAUUUGCUCCUUGGCACAAACAAAACUAGAGGCCGUCUUCCUAACCUACUUAUGGAGCUCGGACAUAGAGGCAACUCUGGUAGCUCUUUCAUGCUUUGGACAUUUGUGUGAGGAGAUCGAUAUUGUGCAGAGUUCGGAAAACCUCAACGAGUUGAACUCCUCGUCUAAUCUCAACGUGCUCUCUGAACUUGCGGCAGAGGCCACCAAAUUUACUGCAGGACGAGCUUCUCUUCAGAAGAAGAUCAUGGCCCUGUUGAGGCAGCUUGACAGACAAACCCCAGGAAAUGUACAGGCUUGGGAUGAUACCUACACACGUUGGCAGCGGCUGACGUAUGCGCUGACCAAUUACGGGAAAGAUGACACCAGCGUUGGCAUGGCAGCCUCGUACCUGACGUCAGUGCGUAAGCGCGCCAGUUCGAGCUUGCCCCGCCGAGUCGAGGACAUGGAGAACUCGUUGAAUGAAUGGACUUACAUGACGGGGUUCCUGUGUUCUCUUGGCGGAGUAUGUCUCACCACAUAUCAAAACAUAAGGCGUUACAGUCGGGUUCUGCCGUCCAUGGUACAGACCAGCGGUGACUCGCAAGUAAAAAGCAACUCCUCGGUAACCAGAUUUCUCAAGGAUCUUAUAAGUCUCUUGGUGUGUAGCAACGAGAAGCUUGGUGUGCAGGUUCGUGUGACCGUCAACGAGCUGAUUGGAACCCAGCUAAGCCCUACCCUCUACCCGAUAUUAUUUGAGGAAAUCAAAGAUGUCCUGAAGACGUUCUUCACCUCCGCUGGACAGGCCAUCGUACAAGACACCAAUACAUUAUUUGUUGACCAAGUGAUUGUAAUCAUGAAGUACAUACUAGACAACAAGGGACAAACUGAGAGGUUCCAGCUGGGCAGUGUAGAGAACAUGAUCCUUACUUUCAUCAGGUAUGUGCGUAACCUGCCCUUGAGUACACAAGCCCUUCAAAUAAAAACCAAACUCUGCAAUCUCGUCGAUGUGGUGAUGGGUAGGCGAGAGGAGCUGCUCUUCCAUCAGGAGAUGAAGUUUAGGAAUAAACUCGUAGAGUACAUGACGGACUGGGUUCUCCACUCCGCAGACCAAAAGAAAGGCAUACCCAUGGAUCUCGCUGUUCUCUCAAAUGAACUAGACGCUACUGUAAUGCGUGCCAUUGCGUCGUUACUUUCUGGCUUACCUCUUCAACCCGAAGGAAUGGAAACAGAUAUUGUAGAUGCCAAGUCACAACUUUUUCUUAAGUAUUUCACCCUCUUCAUAAACCUGAUGAGCGGUUGCAAGGCUCCGCGGGGAUCCGUCGUGGAUCAGAGACACGUGGCAUCCGCCACCGCCACCAACCUCCUCCACCAGAGCACCGUGCUAGCUAUGUCCAACCUGCUCAACGCCAACAUUGACACGGGCCUCAUGUACGCUAUCGGUCUUGGUUACCAUGACGACCCUCAGACAAGGGCAGUGUUUAUGGAAGUAUUGACCAAGAUUCUUCAGCAGGGGACAGAAUUUGACAACUUGGCUGAUACAGUACUGAUGGAUCGGUUUGACCGGAUAGUCGAGCUGGUAACUCUGACAGGGGAGAAGGGGGAACUCCCCAUCGCCAUGGCUUUGGUCAGCGUGGUACCGUCUCAACAACUUGACGAGCUUGCCCAAGUUCUCGUGACAUUGUUCGACAGUAAAAACAUAUUGUCAAAGCUCCUGAAGAACAUCUUUGCACUGGAGGUUCGGAGUGCUGAAGGGGUACAAACCCUGUUCCGUGGAAACAGCCUGGCAAGUAAGGUGAUGUCCUUCUGCUUUAAGGUCUACGGGACCAGCUAUCUUCAAACGUUGCUCGAGCCUCUUGUCUCUGAUUUGAUCAAGAACACAACAUCAUUUGAAGUCGACCCAGAAAGAAUUGAGAAUGACGAGAACAUAGAGGCGAACAGAAACAACCUGAUUAAACUCGCCCAGGAAUUCGUGGACAAGAUCACUGCAUCAGCAGACAGUUUACCGGUCCCUCUCCGAAGUUUAUGUCACUGUCUCAAAAGAGUUGUGCAGCAAAGGUUCCCAAGGAACAGCACGGAAGCCGUGAAUAGUGCAAUCUUCCUACGCUUUAUCAACCCAGCCAUUAUUUCCCCACACAUGGUCGGAAUAACCGACGAGCCUCCCUCAGACAAGAUCCGAAGGGGACUGAUGAACGUGUCCAAGAUUUUGCAAAAUUUGGGCAACCAUUUGCUCUUCUCGAAGGAGAAAUACAUGGAGCCUUUUAACGGAUUUCUUGAAGCAAACUUUGAGAAAACAAGAAAGUUCUUGGAAAGCGUAUCGACGGACUGCUCAAGUUUACCAUCCGAGUCAGCCUCGUACUCCUUUCUGAGCGAUGGUAGUGUCUUCAGCUUGCAUAAGCUACUAUGGGACAAUCAGGAGAAGAUAGGCACCUACCUCGCUACUAGAAGGGAGUACAAAGCGUUUGGUCGUCGACCAUUCGAGAAGAUGUCUACCCUUCUAGCUCACAUCGGCCCACCCGACCAGCAUAAGAUGACCUUUGACCCGAAGUGGCCGUUUCAUGGCGGUUCAAGGUUCGAGGAAUUUAUGGCGAGACACGCUGAAGGAAGUCAAGAUGACCUGCAGUCAAUCCGAUCGCAAAAUAUUUUUUAUCAGGGUGGAAGAUCGAAUGCUGGUAAUCCGGUUUUCUAUUACAUCGCGCGACGAUUUCGGCCCGACGUCAUUAAUGACGAACUCCUGAUCUACCAUAUGUUGCUUGUGUUGGAGCCAUUCAAUGACAGACCCUGGGAACUAGUGGUGGACUUUACCCACACAACGCUUGACAACCGGUUUAAGACGUCUACAAUAAUCAAGUGCUUGACGGUUGUUCCCAAAGGCACUCUUAACAACCUGGUGACUGUGUACAUGUACAACAGCAGCUCUUCUCUCAGACAGUACACGAAGUACAACGAAAGGCACCUUUCUCCACUAAAGGGGAGAUCCUGUGUACGUGUGUGCGAGACGCUCAGUAAGUUGCACGAGUACAUCAAGGAGAGCGAGCUAAGACUGCCUAGCUCUACGACAUCGUUAGAGGAAGACCUUAAGGUUUUUACAGCAUUCCGUUUGUCCACACGAAGUAACGUACAACUACGGAUCGGUCCUAUGUCAGUGCAGAUAACUACUCCUGAGCGUCACAAAGUCCUGGGUUACUCCACGAUACUGAACGAUGUGUAUUACGCCUCCGAAGUGAAGGGGGCAAUCGUGGAAGAUGAGAACACGUUUGUGUUGAAGUUCGUCAAUGGCGGCCCCGGCAUGCUACUCAUGAGUAACGAAUGUGAUCAGAUUGUUCAAGCCGUGAUGCAUGUGAAGACGGCAUGGCAGCUUUCGCAGCCAGAUGCUGCAACGUCUUCUAGUAAAAAGAUCAAGCCCAAAGAUGUCCCGGGGACCCUACUCAAUAUGGCGUUACUGAACCUUGGAUCUCGAGACCCGACCCUUAGACUCGCCGCGUACAAUCUGCUUUGCGCCGUAACCAAGGCCUUCAACCUCAAGAUCGAGGAGAGAUUGCUUGAAGGAACAGGUCUUUGCAUUCCAGCAAACAACACAAUAUUUAUUGUGGGCAUAAGCGAGAAACUUGCAGCCAGGGAACCGCAGCUUACUUUAGAGUUCCUUGAGGAAUGUAUCGAGGGCUUCAUGAAGUCUGACACUGAGUUAAAGCACCUUUGUCUGGAGUACAUGGCGCCGUGGCUGCCAAAUCUCGACAGAUUCUGGCGCUUUCCUAGCGACGACCCACAGAAGAUAAAGAUGAACAGCGUGCUUGAGAAGCUCAUAAGUAUCACUGUCUCUGAACGCGGAGCAAUGAACCCUUCAAUCCAGGCCAACAUCUGGGGCACGAUAGGGAAAGUCACUGAGCUCCUGGACACGGUCCUUGACAGCUUUCUCAAGGCGAGCGCGGCCGGUGGUCUGGGCUCGGUAAAAGCGGAAGUACUAGCUGACACUGCUGCUGCUCUUGCUUCGGCUAACGUACAAGUCGUCUCAAGCAAAGUAAUUGGUAGGCUUCACACGUUAAUAAGCAAGACGUUCAUCUCGCCGACCCUUCGCCUGGAGCAGCACUUAAUGUGGGAUGACAUUGCCAUCCUUACACGCUACCUCCUCAUGCUCUCAUUCAACGACUGCUUAGACGUUGCAAGCCAUAUCCCGUAUCUAUUCCACCUUGUAACUCUGCUGGUUUCAACGGGGCCUCCCACAAUCCGCGCAUCCAUCCAUGGAUUACUUAUCAAUGUCAUCCACUCGCUCUGCACCUGUACCUACAUCAAAUUCAGUGAGGAGACUCUAACACUGCUCCGAAUGCGGUUAUCCGAACUUUCGACUCCAAAGUUCUAUCUUCUUUUCGGCAUCUCUAAAAUUGAGACGCCGGCUGUGAAGGCUUUUCGGGCGACUCAGCGUGGGCACAGGUUCCACAUCAAGGACAGCGGAGGAGCAUCUAUAACCAUGCCGAACAUUGAAACUAUUACCGAGGUGUUGCUGGAAAUAAUGGAGACGUGUAUGAAAGACAUACCCGACUGCACUUGGCUCAAGAAAUGGAUGGAACUUGCUUCAAACUUCGCGUACCAAUUCAACCCUGCCCUACAACCACGUACUAUUGUCGUGGUGGGAUGCAUCAGCAACGAAGCCAGCGAUGAUAUGGUUCAGCGGGUACUACAAGUACUGAUCAUUGCGCUCAGCAACUACACAGAUCUAGUGCUUAUCGAGGCCGCCGUCAUAUGUCUUACCAAGCUGCAAGGAAUCUUGGGAAAAGAAUCCAAAUUCCACAAGGCGUUCUUCUGGAUCGCUGUAGCAGUGUUGCAGCUUUCAGAGCUGGCUCUUUAUCCCUGUGGUCUUGUUCUGCUGGAACAAAGUCUUCUAACUCUGGAUUCCCAUGGGGUAUUCGAAGAACAGGCUCACAAAGUGUUGAUGGCAGUGAGGCAAGAGCCACUUCUGGAGUUCCACUGUAAGCAAAUGGACCACUUUGUCGGCGUAAGCUUCUACGAGAACUUUCACUUUGCUUUGGUGGCACAUCUUGUUAAAGGCGUUUACCACCCUCAGGCGACAUCGUCCGCUCGAGCGAUUCGUGUCUUAAACCUGAUGCUCGACAUAACAAGCAAACACAAACACAGCAGAGACAAGUUUGCUGUCACCAAGGAAAAUCUGGCUUAUCUCGCAGCACUAAUCCCUGUAUCAGAAGACGUGCGGAACCGACUAAAGCCUGGAGACUCGACGAACGAUACUACUAACGGUUCCAUAGCGCCAUCAACUUCCGACGCCAAUAUCAACAACACUUCCGGUUCCAUCAUGUCGAUAGAGAGUCGCGUGUCCAUCGUGAUAACUCCGUCGGAGUCCCCUCGGGCUGACGAUGUUUCGGCCAACAGACAAGCGUUCGUGUGGCCGAGUGAGUGCCAACACUUGUUGCUGGACCCAGGGAUUGUGAACGACAAACAGACGCAAGCACUUCUGCUGACCACCCUGGUUAUGCUGCUCGAGCAUACGGCUAGCGAUGUGGAAGUCAGAUACUUGUAUCAGCUUUUAGCCGAGGCCAGUUUGGUGUUUCCCAGUGUUUUUCCAGUUAUAUUUUGCCAACUGGACUCCAACCUUGGGACAGUGCUUGGUCACUCUGAGGAUCUGCCAACUUUGAAGGCGGUGCAGACUAUCAUUCACUCCGUUACAGCAGCCAAAGACUCGGAGGAUGCCAUCAGGAAUAGCUACCUUGCGUCAUUUGGUUUCACUGGGUUCAGUCAGUUUACCAAGUUCAAAGACCAAAGUGGACAGAAUAACAGAGCGCAGCUUUUCAUGAAGUUCCUAGAAGCUAUCCUUGAAGUCUACGGCAAAGGAAUGCCAUCAAACAUCAACAAAGCCCUCCAGAUCAGAAAGACCAGCAGCAUGACAUCGCCCAAAGCAAAUGCUCUUAGUUCCAGCAGUGGGGACAUCCCUUCGAUCGGUUCGUCGACUAAUCUAUCCUCGUCACUGACAUCACUUCCUGCAGCAGUUGGCAGCUCGGACCUAGGCAUUCCAAUGCCUUUCAAACGGACAGGCUCUUCUUACAGGCCCAGAAAAAUAUCUGGGACUAUUCGACUGAAGAGAAAUAAGUCGACUAAAGCUGUGAGGACUACUUCGGUCCAGGGCACUAAGUUUUCUUGACAAGGGGGAUACAUAUGUUUUGAACUUCAUUUAAAAAAAGGGCGAGAGAAAAAUCUGACCUACAAAGUCUUUGAUUCCUUUUCCUAAAUGCGACCUGUAUUCCAUACCGCCAGGCUUUUAUAUUUCAAUUUUAUAUUGAAAGAAAUUACAAGAAAGUACUAGAAAGUACAAGAACUGGAGAUCGAUACCAUUUAUUUAAGAUGACGUACCGACAAAUGUGUAUGGGUAUAUCAUUUUUCAUAUACAUAUAUAGGUUUUAUAAUAAAAUUUGUAUUUUAAUUCUAGUUUUAAAAAUAAGCAUUUUGUUUGCGCUCCGAGCUAGAAAGUACAAAUAAGAACAAAUAAUCGACGAAUAAUCUUGCACAGAACGCUGAAUAUUUCAAUACUGUGAUGGAAAUGAAAAGUGUAUAUAUAAAGCGACCAGUUUCAGAUAAAUGGAAAACGAUCAGCUUUAUACAUGUAUCGUUUAAACGUUUAAGUCUAGUUAGAGCUUAGUUCCAUUAAGGUUAUGAGCAAGACACGAGUAAAUAAAAUAUCACUAUACCGUGACCAUUUUAGCUUAGCGCAGAGGAUAGAAGAGCCUGUCACACCGCGAGGUAUUGCAUUAAAACAAUCCGUUUUGAGAAA